AUGGAUAGUUAUAAAAUCUUAUCUGAAUCUAUUUCAUUCUUUGCUCUCAAAAAAACUAUUGACCACAUCAACCUAAUAACAAAAUACUUCUCUAACGAUAAUUCUGUAAGAUGGGACCAAUUAGUUAAUUCUCUAAAUGAAACACAACAGUUCAUUAACGUGGCUGUUAAAUCAUCAUUUCCAAAUGAUGACCUGAUUCAAUAUAGAAUCAACUUGCCUCAACAAAUAAAAACUAAGAUAGAAUUGAAUGACGAGUCCUCAAUCAACUAUAAUAUUGAGAACAAUCAGAAUAAUUUAUUUACUGAUUCCAUUCCAGAUGAGAAUGACGAAGAAGAUCCUCAUGAUUCAAACGAAUUUUCACCAUGUAAAUGUUCCGAAGAAAACAAUACAGAGUAUUUGUCUAAGAGACCAUCAGAGUCAUCAAUAGUUUCAACGGAAGAAGGGUCAACAGAAUUGGAACUAGAUGAGGAUCUAGGAUUGCCGGAAAUCCAAAGAGAACAACAAAAAACAAUAAUAGUUGAUAUGGAACCAGAAGAAAAUGAUACUUCAGCACUACCCAAAAUCCAAGACCACUUGUCACAAUAUCGAACCAAUUACAUGAAUAUUAUCAAUUCUAAAUCUCUAGAUGAAUUGUACAGAGCAGAGGAGCCGGAAGUUUUAAACAAAAGAUUCACACAUCUCUUCAACAAUAACUUCCCAUUUAGCGAAAAAGUGCAUGAAAUAAAUAAAAACGUUUUUGGACAUAACACAUUUAGAGGAGUUCAAUUGCCAGCAAUUAACUCAAUUCUACUAGGUCACGAUUGCUUUGUGCUCAUGGCAACAGGUUUUGGUAAAAGCCACUGCUACCAACUUCCGGCACUUAUACUUAAUGGAACUGUUGUUGUGUUUUCACCACUACUCUCUCUCGUGGAAGAUCAAAUGAAGUCACUAAAAAGAAGAAACAUUAAUGCAGAAACACUAAACUCUAAAACAACAUUGAAAGAGUUUAAACGAAUUUCAGAAUAUUUUACUGAUUAUAAUACAGAUUUCUCAAAAGGAAGUAUACUAUUUAUAACGCCUGAAAAGUUGGACAAGUCGAAAAAAGUGGUUGACAUGCUGGAACAAAUGUAUGAUAUGAACCGACUAAAGCUCUUUGUAAUUGACGAAGUGCAUUGUGUAUCACAAUGGGGGCAUUCUUUUAGAAGAGACUAUAGAAAGCUUUGUAAUUUGAAGUACUUGUUCCCCAGAGUCCCAAUACUUGCAAUGACUGCGACCGCAACGCCAGAUGUCGUGGAGGAUAUUACAUCAGUUCUGGGAUUACAUAACUACGUGAUGCUAAAAACGACAAUUAACAGACCAAAUCUUUGGAUUGAAGUUAGAGAUAAACGUUCCAACAUUGUGGAUGAAAUUGUUCUGAUUCUCAUGAUGACUUCUGGUUGCGUUAUAAUUUACUGCUUGACAACUGGUGAUUGUGAUAGGCUUAAUAAGAAUCUGCUUAAACGCGGAAUCUAUAGCGUAGUUUACCAUGCUAAAAUGGAUAUCAAAGAUAGACUGGAUUCACAGCAUAAAUGGAAUUCGGGUGAAUCAAGGAUAAUUAUAGCAACUGUUGCGUUUGGGAUGGGAAUUGACAAGCCAGACGUUCGUAUGAUUAUGCACACUUCUGCCCCCUUUUCUCUACUUUCAUACUAUCAAGAGAUUGGUAGGGCAGGUCGUGAUGGCAAGUUUUCGGUAACUAUUCUUUGGUACAACUCUCGCGAUUUUGAAAGGCACAAGAACAUGCAUGACUCGGAUAGAAGUUUCAAGAAGAGGUAUUCCUCUUAUUCUUCUGAAAUUAUGGAAUAUUGUAAAAACAAGACCAAAUGCAGGAGGGUUAUGAUUCUAGAAGCUUUUGGUGAACAGCCCACAUUCGGCUCUUGCUUUGGUUGUGAUAAUUGUUGUCUUAACCUAUCUGCCAAGGUCGUUGAUGUCUCUGAUGAGGCUGUAUUAAUUUUAAAGUUUGUGAAAGCCGCUAUGGAAUUCAGAAAUAAGGGUUUCCUCACCGCCAUAAUAAUUUCUGACGCCAUGAGGGGUUCUAAACGCAAAAUUAUUGUAAAGUACAAACUAAAUGAGAAUCCUUAUCAUGGAACUCUGAAUUUCCGUAACCAGAAGUAUAUUAUAGAAGUCAUUUUACUGAUGGUCAAGCAGAAAGUCCUGAAGGAUUGCAGGCGAAAGUCUAAGAAUUUUGGGAGGACUGUUUUAAUUCCAGGUCAAAACGCAUCACAAUUACUAAAAGGUGAUCUUAAGAUUGAGAUGACAUUUUACGGCGAUCCUAUGCCUGUUAUUGAAAUCGCCGAUUCAGUCAAUUCUAAAGCGAAUUUUAAGGUACCAGCCAAAUCAGUAAAAACCACUAGAUCAGCCAAUUCUUCAGGCAAUUCUUCAAGCAAAAAUUCAGCAAAAUCAGUGAAUAAUUCUAUAAUUCCUAUGAGUUGUAUUUCAAACUGGACUAAUUCAGAUGUUAUAAACAUUGACGAGAACUAUACCAAUUCAAAAUCGCAAGUUACGGAAAUCAUUGAUGACUGCUUAGAUGUGGAUGACACUCAAAUUGACAGGGUGAUUGACCUCACUCUGGACAAUAACAGGCCUCCUGAUGUGAUUGAAUCAACUAAUGAAUAUAUAGAAGAUACAUCUGAACCAACUGUAAACAUGACUGAUGAAAAUAUUAUUUCGGGUCUGAACCAGCUUACACAAUCUGAUAUUUUAACGGUUGAAACGAACAAUAUUCGGAGGAAGAUUCCAGAUGAAAUGAUGGAUCCUAGUUAA